AUGGCCACGAAAGCAGAGCGCUUCAAACCAGCGCCGCAGACCCCGCAAGAGCGGCGGGCAGGCGAGUCUGCCUUGAGUGACUUCGCCGACUACGUGCAGCAGCAACAGGCGCUCCGCAAACCCCCCAUAUCCGGCAACACAGCCUCCAAUGGCGCCCCAAAGCAAGAGCAUGCCGAGCUUGACAUCCUCGACACACUCGACCUAGCAGACGACAAGCCCAAGGUCCGAUUAAAAGACCUUCUGUUUGACCAAACCGACACGAAGGAAGACAGCGUCAAACAGCUGGAGGGUCUCAUCAAUGACCGGCUUGAUGAGGGAAGAGGCGAGUGCUUGUUCGACGUCGGACUUGAGGACAAUGGAGAUAGUCAACUAUUGACCGAGCCAGAGUGGGAAAGUGCUCUGGCUCGGUUGAAGGAGGUAUUGGAGAAGCUCAAAGCAGACUGGAAGGUUCUCAUGACGAAGAAUGUGCCUAACAGUGAGGUCGACGUUGGAAACGAGACGAAGAAAGAGCGUGGAUGCGUGGGCAAACUCAUGAUCCGUCGGCGGCCGACUGAUGUGGAUGACACCAUCGAGACACGAAUAGCGGUGGUUGGGAAUGUCGAUGCCGGCAAGAGCACGUUAUUGGGUGUCUUGGUGAAGGGCGGUCUCGACGAUGGCCGUGGCAAGGCGCGUGUAAAUCUCUUCCGUCACAAGCACGAGAUCGAGAGCGGCAGAACAUCUUCUGUGGGCAUGGAGAUCAUGGGCUUCGACACAAAGGGAGAAGUUGUCGUCUCUGGCGUGCCUGGAAGGAAGCUCAGCUGGGAAGAGAUAGGAAAGCGAAGUGCGAAAGUCAUUUCCUUCACCGACUUGGCUGGACACGAGCGAUAUCUACGGACUACCGUAUUCGGGCUGCUAUCUAGCGAGCCGAACUACUGUCUCCUGAUGGUAGCAGCCAACAACGGGCUGAUCGGUAUGUCCAAGGAACACUUGGGAAUCGCGUUGGCCCUGAAUGUCCCUGUGAUGGUGGUCAUCACGAAAAUCGACAUGACACCACCUCAUAUCCUUCAGCAGACGCUCACCCAAUUGACGAAGAUAUUGAAAUCGCCUGGAGCUCGAAAGAUUCCAAUCUUCAUCAAGAACAGGGAGGAGUGCAUCAACACUGCGACCCAGUUCGUGAGCCAGCGGAUAUGCCCAAUCUUCCAGGUCUCGAAUGUCACUGGAGAGUGCUUGGACUUGGUGCGAGAGUUUCUCAACAUACUCCCACAUCACGGCAAGUACGACGUCGACGCUCCAUUCGAGUUCCACAUCAACGACACCUUCUCGGUUCCUUUCGUGGGGACGGUGGUGUCUGGAGUGGUCAAGUCUGGCGUGGUACAUGCAGGUGACACUGUGCUCGUUGGACCUGAUAGCUUGGGUCAAUUCACGUCUACCACGAUUCGUUCGAUUGAACGAAAGCGAAUAGGCGUGCCAGCCUGUUCUGCCGGUCAGAGCGCAUCAUUCGCCCUUCGUCGGGUCCGGAGAAAGGAUGUGAGGAAAGGCAUGGUCGUUCUACUUGCCAAGUCUGACACCAAUCCGAACUUGCCAGCGGCGCAGCCCAAGGUCCAUCGAGAGUUCGUGGCCGAGGUUCUAAUCUUGUCGCACGCGACGACAAUCAGGACGAAGUACCAGGCCAUGCUCCACGUUGGGCCCGUUUCUCAGACCUGCGCGAUCAUUGAUAUCGACAGAGCGUACAUCCGAACUGGAGACAGGGCGACUGUGGCAUUCCGUUUUGUGCAGCGACCUGAGUUCCUCGCAGUCGGUGACCGUAUCCUAUUCCGUGAGGGCAGGACGAAAGGGUUGGGCAUCGUGAAGCAGGUCGGUUACGAUCCUGCGAAGCCGCUCAACCCGAAUGCCUCGGAAGACAAGGAGACGAGUGAGGAGGAUAGUAGGGCGACAGUCAGUGCUGCGGCCUGA